UGAUGACAUACAGCACCACACUGAAGUGUUCGUACAUACGCGGGAAGCAUAAUUGUAGCCGUGACAUACGGAGACCUUGCUGACGGCAAUGAAGGCUCAUACCUUGCCUGCGCACACGUACUAGCUGAUCUUGUACAACAUAUUGUUACCCCUAAAAAGGCUGCCAUGUUCACAACCUUUCCUUUCCUCGAAAAGUUGCCGUCUUGGUGCUUCAGUGCACAUUCACUGAUAGGACACAGUAGAGAAUUAUCUCAACACCUUUUGAAUGAGCCCUUCAACGAAGUGAAGGCACAGGUGGCAAAUGGCACUGCUUCACGCUCAUUAAUCACUGACUUUCUCAGCCAACCCCACGAUGAUGCUGACAAAGAUAUAAUGAAGCCUGUUGCGUUCACAAGUGCAACCAUAUUGCAGACAUUCUUGCUGGCUAUGGUGCUCUAUCCUGACGUCCAAGUCCGGGCUCGUGCAGAAAUUGAUCAAGUUGUGAGGCAUGAUAAAAUGCCGUGCCUUAAUGACAGGGCGUCCCUGCCCUAUAUUGAUGCCAUUCUCUGCGAGGUCAUGAGAUGGUAUCCUAUCACCCCCCUAGGAUUUGCACGUGCAACUUUAGAUGAUGAUGUUUACGAUGGGCAUUCUAUACCCAAAGGUACAGUAGUAAUGGUCAAUCAGUGGGCACUGUCUCGGGAUGAAGACAUAUUUCCCGAUGCAUCGCGCUUCGAUCCUAGUUGCCAUCUAACUGUUGACAGGAAGCUGAAGAGCCCUGUUGUCAACCAUUUUGCCUUUGGUCACAGCAGACAUAUUUGUCCUGGUAAGCUGAUCAAUCAUCUGUCAGUGCUGAUAAUGACAAAUUCCCUUGGUAGGUCGUUGGUUUGCAGAGAACAGUAUGUGGACUGUGGUUGCCUCCAUACUCGCUGUCUUGCGCAUCGGUCAUGCCAAAGACUCAAACAGAGACAGGAUUGAGGAGCCAAAGUUCACCACCGGCUU